AUGGACGGUGAGCCCGAAGCGCUAUCCGAUACAGCGACGAACUGUAAUUUGGCAUCUGCAUCUGAAACGCUGUCAGAUCAUAAUCAAGCAAAAUUAGAUUCCCUAGAGAAGAAAGCUGUUCAUUUAAGAUUAGUACUGGAGAAGGAUUUCAAAGCUGCAGAUAUAAAAUGGAGUCUAUUUGUAGCAGCAGCUUUUAGUUUUAGAUAUGAAAGCUGCCUGCGGCCAUUUCCGCCAGCUUUCUUGAAAAAUGGAGUCAAGGAUAUGGAUGAAUUACUCAGUGUAAUAACGGAUGUACCGGCUUUGGAUUUAGUCUUACAGCAGUUGGAUAACUUGGAUAAUUUAUCAAAUAUCAGCGACAUCAUUGAUUUGUUGUUUUAUGUGCUAGUAAGAUUAAAGGAGCCUUCUUUGAAAACCAUACCUGCAGAAGUGCAUGAGGCCAUUUUAGCAAACGCACAUUCGACAAUAUCUGCACCGAAGCCGCAGUAUAUAUUUCAAGUAUCAAGCUCCUUGAAGUCCUCUGCUGAAAUGAAAUGGAAAGAACUCGCUAAGAACCAUCAUAUAUUUUAUGCAUACCAUGGAAAUCGGUUGGAAAAUUUUUACACCAUAUUUAAUUUUGGGUUACAACAGCAUUUAAAUAAGAAUACAUUGCUUGGCAAUGGUGUAUACUUGUCACCUGAGUUGAACUUAAGCUUGCCAUAUAGUCAUGGAGGAUUCGGAUGGGGCGCAAGUUGCAUUGGCGGGCACUUGUCUUGCAUAGCCUUGUGCGAAGUUGUUGAUGCCCCAGAAGGAAUAAAUUACCAAAAGCCAGUUUCUAAUGAAGGUGAUGGUUUAUAUGAAGAUGAAAAGAGUAAAUUAUUAACUGAGCAAGGUUGCGACGGACAAAUGACACAAUAUGUAGUAACAAACUGUGAUCUAGUGAGAGUGCGUUACAUGCUUGUGUAUGCCAAACAGCCAGCCUCCAUGAGGUUCCCUACAGCGAACGUCAACAGAAACGUUGGCGGGCUACGUCAAUGGCUUGCAAGGCAUAAGCUGUUUUCCAUUCUACUUGGCUAUGGAUUGAUGCUCGCAACAAUAGGCUUUGCAAAUAAUCAACCAAUCCAUUAUUACUACAAAAUAUUAUUAAAAAAACUUGACAUUGCAUACAGUUCUGUAAAAGUGUGA